GGCGCGAGCCAGGCCCGGCCGGUCGGUCGCGCGGGGCGCUUGUGACGCGGCCCGAGGCGGAAGUUCUGCGCGCCCGCCUGGCCGAGCGAAGUGCGGUGCGCAGGAGCCACGAUGGCGAGGCCGCCCUCCGCGCUGCUGGCGCUGGCGCUGCUGCUGGGCGGCCCGGCGACUCGCGGCGGCGGCGCCUUCUACUUGCCCGGCUUGGCGCCCGUCAGCUUUUGCGAGUCCUCGGAGGCGCAGCCGGAGGAGGGCAAGCCCGGGUGCCAGUCAAACAUCCAGCUGUUCGUGAACAGAUUGGACUCAGUUGAAUCAGUCCUGCCGUAUGAGUAUGAUGCGUGAGUAUAUCCCAGUACUAGAUAAAGGUGCUUAUAGUUUCCCCCAGACUACAUGUUUAAUCAAACUGGCUUUGGUUUACACAGCCUGAGAAUGUUCAGAUGACUUUAUUGGUUGCAAAAUGACAAUGGUGAGGAGGGGAAAGGAAUUCUGGUCAGAUGCUGCUUCACCAGAAUUCCUGCGAGCCCAGCCAGUAGGCUGAGAUGCUAGAGUUGCCAUUCCUAUAAUUCGGGGGGGGGGCAUGUGUCCCCCACCACUCCUGUGAGGUAUGAGUAAGAGAUAGAAGCAAAAGUGAAAUUAGGAAGGUUCAGAAGUCUCAUAUUAUUGAACAAAUCAUGGUUUGAAACCCUGGUUUAGCCAGUAUGAUUGGUUUGCAUUUGAUCAUGUAAGCUGUUCUUUGGGAUGCUGCUUUUCCCUUGGAGGCCACAGCUUGGGAAGGGAUUCACAUGGAAGAUAAAUGAAGAAGGAAACUGUGCAAAUGUUGAUUUACUUGUAUAGUUGAGACAGACAUCUGUGGUUUGGAAUCAAAACGGCAGGCUGUGCAAAUCAUGUUUUGGAACUGGCUGUGUCUGCACGGCCUGCAAGUAGAUGUCACCGUUUCGCUUGUUGGUGGAUCAGCCACAUGGUGCCUGAGGAAGGAUCAGAUUCACCAUGGCCUGUUCUGCCCCUCCUUUCCCCUUGGUCCUUCAGCGGUGCUGCUCCUGGCAGAGCCUGUUGAAGGGAUUGGACCAGAGAACUGGCACAAAUUAGCUUGUGGGCAGUUUCAUCUUGUCAGUUUCCAUCUAUGUUCCCUACUCCAAGUCACCUGUGCUUUUGUCAGCCUAGGGAAUUGACCAGGUAACACUAUAUACAUCAGAUCCCAACCACAGUUGUGUAAGACUGACAAAAAGGAAGCACCAGUGCAGUAUUGGACU